CUGGUAGCAGUCCUGAAAACUGCUGAAACAGCUGGGUUAACGUUUAAUCCGCACAAGUGCAAGUUUGGCGUAAAAGAGCUACGGUUUCUGGGUGAUAUCAUAAGUGCGAACGGCAUAUCCCCAAAUCCAGGGCUCGUAAAAAGUUUGGUUCAAAUGCCAGUGCCAACAUGCAAGGCCGAUGUUCAACGUAUGCUUGGUGUGUUGAACUACUUUGGGAAGUUCGUGCCGCAGCUAUCUGAAAGAACGGCCCUGUUAAGAACUCUUAUCAAGGCCAGCUCUGAGUUUGAGUGGACAGAAAACCACGCCAAAGAGUGGAAAAGCGUCACGCAAAUUCUGACCACUGCUCCCGUGCUCGCAAUAUUUGACCCACGACGGGAAACAAAGUUGUCUUGCGAUGCAUCGAAGGACGGCGUCGGCGCCGCUCUUCUGCAACGUCACAAUAACGAGUGGCGGCCCGUAGCUUACGCAUCUCGAGUACUGGCUAAGGCAGAAAAACUGUACGCACAGAUAGAAAAGGAGGCCCUAGGAAUUUGCUUUGGAUGCGAAAAAUUUCACCAGUUCGUCUACGGCCAGAAAGUCACAAUUGAAACGGACCACAAGCCACUUUUGUCAAUUGCUCAAAAGGAAAUUAGUGACAUGCCACCUCGCCUUCAACGGUUCUUUUUGAGGUUGUUCAAGUAUGAUUUUGCUUUGCAGUAUAUUCCUGGGAAGCACCUUGUUCUUGCUGACAUGUUGUCCCGGUCAACUGCUGACAACCAAGACGAGGCUGGUGCUACUACCGACGUGGAAGUUCACGCAAUCCAGCUUCUAGGUUACCGUGUCACAGAAGCAACGCAGAAAGAACUGCAAGCGGCAACGGCUCGUGACCGCUACCUACAGUCGGUGAUCGCAAGUUUGUCGGUGGGGCUUCCAGUACAAGAUUCGGGCGACGACUUCUGGCUGGGCCUGCUGGCCUACCGCUCUACCCCACUGGAGGACGGGCGAUCCCCUGGUGAACUACUGCAAGGAAGGCGCCUUCGCGCCAACCUCCCGGACUUCAGUGCGGUGACCGCAACCAACGUCAAAAAGCACAGCCAGGCCCAAGGGGGAAGACCUUUGCCUCCUCUGCAGAAGGGUGUCGUCGUGAGGCUCAGAGACGCUGCAUGGUCCCGAAAAGCUCAAGUGGUGGGUUCGCCAUAUCCAAGGUCCUACCUUGUCAAAACGGAGGACCAGAAGCUGUUAAGGCGCAACCGUCGUCACCUACUUCAAACUGGCGAACGGUUCAUCGAGGAAAGCGACGACGACAUUGAUACCAGCCCAGCGGACAACGUUGGUGGCCAUCCGACAGUGGCAACUUCAACCUCUCCAGCCAACGGCCGACGUCGCGAAGUUCCGACGUCGGGCGACCCUUCGCCACCUGUGGUGCGUCAGUCAACUCCACCACCGACGCCAGCUUUGAGAAGGUCGACUCGAACCGUGAAGCCACCACAGCGUCUUCAUUAUGACAAGGACUUUAACCAAGUGUCUGAUAUCAUUUUUUGAAGUGCCAUGUACUUACCACUGUUUCGGUGGGUAUGUAAUUUCUUUGUUAACGGAAAGGAUGUAUCCGGCAAGGCUACUGCAUCACGACUGCGCAUCGGACAUGCGCAGAUAUUCUCGGCGCGCUAUCGUGCGCCUAUAUAAUCAGUGACUGAAUAAACCGAUUGUUCUUCUUGUUCUGGCCA